CCGUCAGACUAUUACCACAAGCCCCAAAAGAUAGAUAGGGAGAGAGAGAAAAAGUGAGCGUGUGUCAGAGACAGAGGGUCAGCCUGAGAUAAACAGAGAGAGAGAGAGAGAGAGAGAGACACACACACAGUUAGUUAAUAUUGGCAUGCCUGCAUACUCCACCAACAUGAGGCUUAAGUUUCCUAUCCUGGCUCUGACUCUGGAGAUUAUCACCAUCAUCCUGUUCGCUGUGUUUGUGGACUACGAUGAUGGGAAACACGGGGGGCACGGAGCCCACAACACCACACACCAUGAGGAGAAGAAGGAUCCUCUGACCCUUUAUCCCAUGUUCCAGGAUGUCCACGUUAUGAUCUUCAUUGGCUUUGGCUUCCUGAUGACCUUUCUGAAGAGAUAUGGCUUCAGCAGCGUGGGCCUCAACCUGCUCCUGGCCGCCUUCGCUCUACAGUGGGGUCUAAUCAUGCAAGGCCUCUGGCACCUGGACGAUGGCAAGAUCAAAGUCUCCAUCUUCAAGAUGAUCAACGCAGAUUUCAGCACAGCCACCGUUCUGAUCUCGUUCGGGGCAGUGCUGGGUAAAACCAGUCCUGUCCAGCUCCUCAUCAUGACCAUCCUGGAGAUCACCAUCUUCAGCAUCAACGAACAUCUGGUGGCCGAAAUCCUGGAGGCCAAUGAUGUUGGGGCCUCCAUGAUUAUCCAUGCCUUUGGGGCGUACUUCGGUCUCGCAGUGGCCCGCAUGCUGUACCGGCCAGCUCUGAGGAACAGCCAUGAGAACGAUGGCUCUGUUUACCACUCUGACCUCUUCGCCAUGAUCGGUACCGUGUUCCUCUGGAUGUUCUGGCCCAGUUUCAACUCUGCCAUCGCUGAAUCUGGCACUGAUCAGCUCAUGGCGGUGACCAACACCUACUUCUCCCUGGCUGCCUGCGUACUCUCUGCCUAUGCUGUCUCCAGCUUGGUGGAGCAUAAAGGGAAACUGGACAUGGUCCACAUCCAGAAUGCCACUCUGGCAGGAGGUGUUGCCGUGGGAACCUGCGCUGACAUGGACAUCGGCCCUUUUGGUGCCAUGAUCAUCGGGUUCGUGGCUGGCAUCGUCUCCACCCUGGGCUUCAAGUUCCUCACUCCAAUCCUGGCAUCCAACCUGGGCAUCCAGGACACCUGUGGUGUCCACAAUCUGCACGGCAUGCCUGGCAUCCUCGGGGGUAUCGCUGGCAUUGUGGCGGUCGCUCUGGGCAAGAAGAACGGGAGUGCUGCCAUGCAGGGUGCAGCCCUGGCCUCAUCCCUUGGGUUCGCUUUGGUUGGAGGAACUAUUACAGGUCUGAUAAUGAAGCUUCCAUUCUGGGGACAGCCUCCAGAUCAGAACUGCUUUGAUGAUUCCAUUUAUUGGGAGGUUCCUGGGGAGGAGGAGGAGGAGGAGGGCGAGGAGAGCCUGGCUCACGGAGACCAAAAAGCAGAGGCGUAAAGCUCCCACUCUUUGCUGCACAUUCACGACCUACAACCCUCUGAGCUAGAGAUGGGAAAGUGAGGAAUCAUGAACCACACAUUAGACAUGGGGUGUACUCUAUCUCAAUAGUCUUAACUGGCUUCCUCUCCUUGUCACCUCUCCUUCAUCUAAUUGGUAGAUCCCUACCAGGACUUCAUGUGUCACCCAUCUAAUUUCUUGACCAUCAGUGCAGAGGACGUAAAGGAGAGAAUCUGUUGUACUAUUGAAUUCAACCCAGGAUGGCCAGUGCUGUGAAAUUGUCAGUUAUUUUCAACUACUGCAUAAAUAAUUGGAUUGAUAUGAGACAAAUUGAGAUCAUAUCGUGAUUCAUGCUACCUUAUUAAGACAUCUCUAAAUCAACUCGAUCAGCAGGGAAAUGUUAGCCUAUGUUGCACUUUUCUAGGUCCAAACUAGGUCCUCAUUGUCCAUAGAUGUGUACUAAAUAUUUUAAUCUUCAAUUGAAGUAGGUCCACUGAAGAGCAUUUGGGAAACAUGUCAUAGCUCAUUAUAAUUUCAACUAAAGUGUAAGAGGUGGGUGUGUUACAUAUUUUUUUAAAACUAUUAUUAGGUCUCAAUGCAAUUGAGAUAAUAUUGUAAGGAUUUUCUUAUCUUAAACAAAUAAUGUUUACAGAAACUCAUUUCAAGCAACAUGCUUGCAGUGCUUUGGAUGUGUUAGUCUGAAAAUUGAUUUAAAUGAAGGAGCAUUUUGAUAUAAAUGAUCCUGAAUAAGUUGCAUUGAAACAUGAACUGUUCUUUUACACAAUCGGAGGAAAGAUACUUUCAGGGAUAAUUUUUUUACACUGAAUUUGAUGACCACCGUUCUGAGCCAUUAGAAACUGUAUAGAAAUAGUAGAAACAGUAUAUCAAGCUGACAAUAUCACCAAUUGUCUCACAUGCUUUGUGACACUAUCAAAAUGUUAACAGACAUUUGUUUUGCCUCAUUAGUUAGGGCUAUACAUUGUAUAUUUUUCUCAACGUGUCUUUUUAUGUCACCAUCCAACUGACAUAGCCGAUAUUGUGUGCUAGGCCUUGUUUAAUUAAUAAAAUCAACUGCUACUUUA